GGAGCACCUGUUGAUGAUGAGUGUGUGUGUGUCCUCUCACCCAGUGUUUUCUGACUCACCAGCUACCUGCUGAACAGGUUUGAUUGUGCGCACCCACGAGAGGGGCCCUGAUUGGCUGUCUGCCUCCAGCAUGGACUGCAGCGAUGCUUGAAAAAGCGACGCAUCUCUGCACACCUGCACCAGUCGCACCUGAGAGCUUCCUUUUACGCACACAUCAUCCCAGAGACCACAUCGCCACUAGAAACAUGGCCGAGAAGUUUGCAGGAACCUGGAAGCUGGCGGAGAGCGAGAACUUUGAUGACUACCUCAAAGCCAUGGGAGUCGGAUUCGCCGCGCGGCAGGUGGUGAGCAGGGCCAAGCCCACCAUUGUCAUCAGCGUGGGCGCCGGUGGAGCCAUGACCAUCAAGACGCCACGGAAUGAGGUCACGUUCAAACUGGGCGAGGAGUUUGAGGAGACCACGCCCAACGAUAAGAAGACCAAGAAUGUGAUCUCUCUGGACAAUGGCAAGCUGCUGCAGAAACAGAAGUGGGAUGACAAAGAGGCGUGCAUUGAGAGAGAAGUGGUGGGACACAAGCUUAUUACGAAGCUGAAGACUGGAGGUGUGGAGGCGGUGAGAACAUUCGUGAAGGAGGCCUGAGUCUGAAGAUGGAAGCCAACAUCAUCUGAAGACCAGGACCCUGUCUCUCUUAAGCUUUGUUGCUAACCAGUUAACAACUUACCUGGUUGCCAAUGGGAAAUUGCAUUGCAACCAAGUAAGUUGCUAACUUAGUUAGCAACGACGAUGUCUGGAAACACACCCCAGAGCAGGGAUCCAUGGAUCACUGACUAUGCACUGUGACACACCUUGAUUUGAUUGUUUUGUGUUGUAUCGUUUGUAAAUUUGAUACUUGAAUAAACUGUGUGCACUCAAUUUUAGUUCACUCGUAUUAUA